AAUUAUUGUUUCAUCUCUAGUCGAGAGAAAUUUUUAUCGACGAAAUAGUAAUUUAGCAAUUGUCGAGCGCAAGAAACCGAUUCAAAACACACCCAAAACCUUUUAUAACGGAUUGCGACUUACCUAUUGCUUCGGAUUAAAAUCGAGGAUAUAUCAAAUCAAUCAAAUUCCAGCCUUAAUUAUCUACCUGCACGUGUAUUAGUGCCAGUGCUUGUGUGCGUGUGGGUACAAGUGCGCCAGUGUGUGUUUGUGUGUGUGUUGUUUUCUCACACAAUUUAGCUGCAAUUUAAAAAAAAUCAACAAAAGCGCAGUAACAACAGCAAAAACAAUUAGGAAACGCAUUUAUUUCCGAGGUUGUUUGCUUAUACUAGAAAAAUAAACAAUAAAGAAUUGAGUUGGAAAAACUGGAAAUUGCAUGAUAAACAAAACGACGAAGAACCUUCGACAGCUCCAAAAUUCUGAGGAAGGAGGGGCCACGUCGCUAUCGCUUAUCAAUUGCACUGAGAGAAAAGAAUAAAAGCAAGCCAGUAGGCCAGUCGUGCCCGAUCGUUGCCACCAAAUUUCCAGUCCCUCGUUUCGGGCAAUAGUAAUUUACACAGUUUCCUAAAAUUAACCAAAACAAAAACAAUCAUGUCCACGUCGUCGGCGUCUGGCGGCCGGAAGCAGCCCACCGCCGUGUCGCGCAUGAAGCAGGACUAUAUGCGCCUUAAGCGAGAUCCCCUGCCAUACAUCACCGCCGAACCGCUGCCCAAUAACAUCCUCGAAUGGCAUUACUGCGUCAAGGGACCGGAGGACUCGCCAUACUACGGCGGCUAUUACCACGGCACCUUGCUCUUCCCGCGCGAGUUCCCCUUCAAGCCGCCCUCUAUCUACAUGCUGACGCCGAACGGACGCUUUAAAACCAACACCAGACUGUGCUUAAGCAUAUCAGACUUUCAUCCGGACACUUGGAAUCCCACUUGGUGUGUUGGAACUAUUCUCACUGGACUUCUGAGCUUUAUGCUGGAGAGCACACCCACACUGGGAUCCAUUGAGUCAUCAAACUAUGACAAGCAAGUAUUUGCUCAAAAAUCGCUAGCAUUUAACCUGCGCAACACCAGUUUCUGUGAGCUGUUUCCCGAGAUGGUAGAUGAGAUCAAGCAGCGAUUGCAGGGAACCCAGGCGGCGGCUGCGGCAAGUGGAGUUGCGUCCACUUCGAACGGGGCGAAGCGUUCCAAUGGGCUGGCCAAUGGAGCCUUGGCAUCUGGAGAAGGCAAUCUAGCAGCCGGAGGCUUGGCUAAUCCCCAUAAUACAGCGGAUGCGAUUGAUGGAGCGGCGGGUCAAGUGGAUUUAGCCAGUGGCGGUGGAGCGUCAGCACUGCAAAAUAGUGCACGGAAUUCCUAUCUGAACUGGCAGUCCGUCUAUUCAAACCUAGUGAUCAUCAUCUGCUUUGCGAUAUUUGCCCUCAUUGUUAAUUACGUGAUCAAGAACCUGAAUCAGGAAUAGGAUUAACGAAACCGCCUCUAUAUUUAUAUACAAAUAUAGUUACACAUCCGUAUGCGAUUGCAUAUUUAAUAUAGUUUACUCUAAAGUAGUCUUCGUGGAUUCAGUACCGCUUGAGAAGUAUUUACAGACCCUGCUAUAACCCAAAAAUGACCGCCUCAGGCCCCGCCAUCCAUUCCCCACUAUUCCCACGAUCGCUGUUUAGUCUGAAUAUAUUGGCAAUAACAACUUGAUACACAGAAACACAUUUCUAAACUCAAUUUGUGAAAAUUAUAAAUUGUUUUGUUAUGUAUUCAUUACUAUUAAUGCCUAGUUUAAUGCAACGUGAAUGAAGCCAGGAAUAUGUUUGUAAAUGAAUAAAGAAGAACGGCAACAUAUGAGCUCGUGUACAAAUUA